GUUUUAGGUCGCCAUUUUUUUUUGUAGAGAUUUAAUUGCAUUAAUUGAGAGGUUGAAUACUUUUUUUUUGCGAUACAAGAAAUCUAUCAGUAGUGUAAGGAAUCUUUGAAAAAAAGAAAAAGAAAUACAGCGAGUAAGGAAUUAUGCAUGUCGGAAAAUUCUCCGCUGACUUAAAUCUGAAAUUGAAAUUGAAUCCCAGACUCGUUUUUUUCUUGAUAACACUAAAGACGCCAUGGCUGAAUCACGCCCUCCUCACGAGAAUCCCAUUCUGUCCCAGUUGACCGCCGGCACCCUUUUACCCUCUCUCUCUCUAGAGAGCUAUUUAUUGCCCUUUUUCUUAGGCUGACGCAUUCCCCCAUGUAAUACACACACACAUAUAUAUAUAUUCUCUCCACUAUAAAAGAAUGAAUCUUUCCAUCCUUUGUAUUCAUUCAAACGUGACAAUUCCACCAUAUUUUAUACUAUAUUCGUGGUUAAAAGGGAUGAAACUGUAGUUUAUAAAUUCCAUAAAUCAGUGUUUCCACCAACUCUUGAUCACAUCUCCCGAGGCCACCAACCCUUCUCACGAGGGGCUGAAAUCUACGAGGUUUGGGUUGAUUUUGAGGAAAAAUGGGGAGUGUGGAGGCGGAUCAUGAAGGCGGCGUAGCCAAGAGGCUGUGGAACAAGUUCAAGAAUGGAAGGGCUUUAGCUCUCUACAGCCCUUAUAUUGUUUGCUUGGCGUCUGGCACCUUGGACCCCACCUCUUUUCUUCAUUGCAUCUCUCAAGAUUUCUACCUUCUUCAAGCUUUUGCUCGGGCAUAUGAACUAGCAGAAGAGUAUGCAGAUGAUGAUGAGGACAAGGAGGCCAUUGUCAAGUUGAGAAAGCGCGUCUUGAAGCGCCUCAGAAACCAGGAUGCACUUAUUUCUGAAUGGGGUUUUGAGCCUCCUAAAGAUCAUACUUGCAAUGAUGCCACAUCAAAGUAUACCGAAUUCUUGAUGGAGACAGCCUCGGGGAAAGUUGGAGGAGAGAAAUUUGCUGUCAAAAUUGUGACGCCUUUUGAGAAGACUAAACUGGCUGCAUAUACGCUCAGCGCCAUUUCACCCUGCAUGAGGCUCUACAGCUUUAUUAGUAGGGAGAUCCAGGCUCUCCUAGACCCUGAUGAGAGCAACAACAUCUACAAGAAGUGGCUCAACAGCCUCUCUUCUGAAAAAUUCGAGGCAUCAGCUUCGAGAAUUGAAGACUUGCUAGAUAAAUUAAGCAUUUCUUUGACCGGUGAAGAACUAGAUGUCGUAGAAAGGCUCUAUCAUCGGGCCAUGAAACUCAAGUUAGACUUUAUCUGGUCGCAAUCAGUCGUUCAGCAAACAAUAGUUCCCUUUUCACUACUCCGCAACAGUGGCGAAGACAAUCUCAUCACUUUAUGCGACUUUGACUUGACAUGUACCGCUAUCGACUCCUCUGCUCUUCUAGCAGAGAUUGCAAUUGUAGCAGCGACCAAUAUUUCCGAACCACAACUCCCAUCAUCAGAUCAUAUCAGGACAACGUGGAACGAACUUUUCAGCCAGUAUGUGGAAGAGUAUCAACAAUGUAUAGAAAGCAUUGUACCAAGUGAAGCAUGUAUUGAUAAUUCAACCCAAGGGACGCGACUGGAUUAUGAAGGUCUAUGCAAAGCACUGGAGCAGAUAUCUGAAGUCGAGAAGCGAGCUACUUCAAGAGUUGUCCACUCUAAUGUAUUGAAAGGAUUGAAUCUAGCAGACAUAAAGAGGGCUGGUGAGCACCUCUCUUUUCAAGAUGGUUGUAAGCGAUUCUUUCAGGAUCUCGUGGAAUGCAACAAAUGCGCUGCAGACAUCCAUGUGCUAUCAUACUGUUGGUGUAGUGAUCUAAUAGAGUCUGCCUUUUCAUCAGGAGAGCAAAAUGUGUUGAAUGUACACUCAAACAACUUAGUUUACGAAGCAUCUGUUUCCACUGGUGACAUGUCAAAAGACAUGGAGUCCCCCAUGGACAAGCUUCGAGUUUUCAAUGAAAUCACCAAGAAUGGAGGUAAGGCCUCGACAGUUUACAUUGGGGGUUCGGCUGGUGACUUGCUGUGUCUGUUAGAAGCAGAUUUUGGUAUCGUGAUUGGCUUGAGUGGGAGCCUUGAGAGGCUUGGGAAUCACUUUGGUAUAAGGUUCGUUCCAUUGUUCUCCGGUUUAGUGAGGGAACAGAGAGAGCUUGCAGAAACUGGGAUUUUGAGUCGUGAUGGAAGAUCCAACAUUCUUUAUACGGUGUGUAACUGGGACGAGAUAUACGCCUUCAUUUUGGGGCGGUAGACGGCCAUCCCGUCCCUCCACAAUACAGGAAAAUAGUAGGCAAUUCUUGGAGUAGCUAAUUUUUGAAAAGGUUACUUGUUAUAAGGUAAGGUUGGGCCUUGAUCUAUUGGUUUUUGGUGUGAGGAUUGAGGGCCUGUGCUAAUCUUGAUUUGUUGUAGUAGAUGAUGGAUUUUAUUAGGUGACAAAGUUGUUGAAGUGAAAUACUUCCUCUGCUUGCUAUCAAUAAUAUAUGAGAAUUUUAAU